AUGUGGAGAACACACACUGCAAAGAGUAGUAAUCUUCAUACAGGAGCGAAACAUUUGAGGGGACCCAAAGCGGUUAAUACAGACAAGAAUUCUUCUCCAAAGAAUAACCCACUGAGUAACUUCCCCUUCCCAUAUAUGAAAGAAGUUUGCCGAAGGAGAAAAUAUAUCUCCUUGUUUAGAGGUAUGAAGGCGAGAAGAUGGCGAAUUCAGCGUUUACUAGCUAAGUAUCUCUGUGGUCAAGUUUCCAAAUACUGUAGAGGAACUGCCAGUUGCAACUUAGGGGAGAAAGCUAUUCCCCAGGACAGGUUAAACGCUGUUCCGCCUGAAACAACUGUUAAUUUCGAAGCUUGCCAACAACUUUCAAGUUCAACCCCAACCACUACAAGUUUAUGGACCGAUGAAACUUUUGAGACACUGCAGGAAAGUAUAUUAAUGAAAGAAGAGGAAUUCAAGCGCCAGUGGGAUGAGUUGAUCGAUUGGGAAAAAAAGCACGAAACUGAAAUUACCGAGGAUGUCUUCCCACCUUUAAGUCCCGAAGAGAAGCACACACCAGAGACAAACCCCUGA